AAAGUGGCAAACUAUUUUUCACCCACACAAUAAAUUAUCAACCUUAUCAACAAAUUUUCCAAUAUUUUUAACAUCACACAAAAAGCAAUUCGAAACAAAAAAGAAGCCCGGAAAAUAUAUGCUCAUGAAAAAAAAAAAUGAGGACAUGAAAAACAUUUCGACAAUCAACCUGAAAUUGUUCAAAGAUCAUAAUUCAUAAACAAUGAAAUAUUCACCAACCUCUGUUUUCUUGUUAUUAUUAUUGUUCAUGAAUUUCUGCAAUUGUUCAUUAAAAUCCUCCAUAGUUUUUACUACUCUGGGAAGAUCAAGGUACAAAUUUGACAUCUACACUUUACCAAUAACCACCACUCAAUCAUCACCGUCAAUUUCCCAACAUCACCAUGAGCUGAAACUCACUGAUGGGGUAUCUGUUAAUUUUAAUGGCCACUUCCCCACUAAUUCAACCUCAAUUUUCUCUCUCCUCAAAAAACCAAACUUCUUCGAAUCAUCUUUCAGUAGUUCUGAGAAAUUUGAAGUUAUUUAUGUUUCCGAGAGAAAUGGAACGUCUAGUGUCUUCUUUGACUCUGUUUUGUUUGCUGAUGACGACUCAGUGAAUCGACCCGGGUACAGGUCCGCCCUCGAGAUUGGUGUUUCGGGUCGGGUUCAGAUUCCUUUGUUGGGGGUAGGGUCGGAGAAUGGAGGUGUGACGGUUUCGAUGAAGGACCGGCCGAGUUUGGUUGGGGAGGUGUUGGUUUACGUUUCGACUCAUGAGAACUCGGGUGUGCCUCGGACGAGUUGGGCGGCAGUGUACUCGACUCAUGUCUUGACCGGGUUGACUAGGAGGCUGACACCUGUAGGGAUGGCAGAUUUUAGUCCUGCGGUGUCGCCGUCGGGGAUUUUCACGGCGGUGGCUUCUUAUGGUGAGGAAGGAUGGGGUGGUGAUGUGGAGGAACUUGGUACAGAUAUCUACGUUUUCUUGACUAGGGACGGGUCAGACCGAGUUAAGGUGGUAGAACACGGCGGUUGGCCGUGUUGGGUUGAUGAUCGAACCAUUUAUUUUCAUCGGAGGGAUGGCAGUGAUGGGUGGUGGAGUGUUUACAAGGCAAGUCUUCCACGAGUUGGGCGAGUUACCACCGAAUCAGUGUUGGUUGAGCGGGUCACGCCACCAGGUUUGCACGUCUUUACUCCUGCCACUUCACCAGGUAAUGUUGAGUUUAUUGCAGUAGCUACUAGAAGACCCGGGUCCAAUUACAGGCAUAUUGAGCUAUUUGAUCUUAAAAAUAAGCAGUUUAAGGAAGUGACUCGACCCGUUUCACCUCAUAACCACCACUUUAAUCCGUUUAUGUCGCCCGAUGGGACCCGAGUAGGGUACCAUAAGUGUACGGGUGGGGAUAAUGGGGAGAAGGGAAAGGGUGGAGGUCAAAUACUUCUCCUUGAGAAUUUGAAGAAUCCAGUAGCUGAUGUGUCUAUAUUUAGGAUUGACGGGUCAUUUCCGUCAUUCUCACCCACGGGUGACCGGAUUGCCUAUUUGGCGGACUUAGAUGACGGGUUUCUGUAUGUUGUCGACCAUGAUGGGUCAAAUAAGAAGUUGGUUCAUAAAGGGAUGGCUUUCACAACUGCUUGGGAUCCUGUAAGAAAAGGUGUAGUUUAUACUAGUGUUGGUCCUAACUUUGCAUCCGAAAGUAGUAAGGUUGAUAUAAUUGCAAUUAACGUUGAUGAUGAUGAUUUAAGUUACAAAAAGUUGACCCAUGGAGGUGAAAACAAUGCUUUCCCAGAACCAUCACCCGAUGGCAAAUGGGUCGUGUUUAGGUCGGGUAGAUCGGGUCAUAAGAAUCUAUACAUUAUGGACGCCGAGGAAGGUGAAACGGGUGGCAUCCAAAGGUUGACAGAGGGUCCAUGGAGCGAUACCAUGUGUGACUGGUCACCUAACGGGGAAUGGAUUGCGUUCGCAUCUGAUCGGGAUAAUCCGGGUGGUGGGAGUUUCGAGGUGUUCAUGAUCCAUCCGAAUGGGACGGGACUUCACAAGGUAAUCCAAAGUGGAUUAGGCGGGCGGGCUAAUCAUCCUUGGUUUAGCCCAGAUGGGAAGAGAAUUGUGUUUACUUCAGAUUAUUCUGGGAUAUCAGCUGAGCCCAUCUCAAAUCCACACCAUUACCAGCCUUAUGGGGAGAUAUUCAUUGCAAAUGUAGAUGGGUCGGGUAUUCGGAGGCUGACCCAUAAUUCAUUUGAGGAUGGGACACCUACGUGGGGGCCUAUGUUCCUGAGCCCAGUAGAUGUGGCUCAACCAACAAAGGAAGCAAAGUGCUUGUUUGAGGACUGUCAUUGGCUCAACAUAAAGAAGAAAUUGGGUUUAAAAACUGCAGUCGAUGCAUCAACUGGAGCUCAAUGCUAAGAACCAGUAAGAAGGCUGAAGGUUGCUUAUGUAAAAAGUUUUGCUCUAUGUUUAUAUAUAUCCCAAUAAAUUAGAGCUUGUAUUUAUGGACAAUUCGACAUAGUCUUAAGACUCUUUGGUUAGGUUGAUAAGAUGAAUAACUUUACAUUUUAUAUUUUACAGGA